AUGAAUUUUAAUUAAAUUUUACGUUCAAGAUCAAAGUCUCCGGUUCGUUAAAUUCCAAGAACUAGUCAUGUAUCAUAUUUCAAAGUUAAGGAAUAAAGACGAAAUCUCUAUAAAAAAGAAUCAUUCUUUUAAUUAGAAGCUUGUUUUUAAAAAAUAAGAUCUUAAUUACUAAAUUUUGCAUUUAUUCAUAUUUAUGAAAAAAUCGCUGUUGAUAAUAAGAGAAUGAAAUUAAUACAAGAAUGUUAAAAUUAGAAAAUAUUAAUGAAAGCUUUGUGUAAGUGGAGUAAAUUAUAUAAAUAUAACAAAAUGAAUUAGUCGUUAAUUUCUUCUCCAACAUUUAGCAACAGUUUAAAAUCUCCAAAAUAUUCAGUUAGUGAAUUUAAGACAAGUUCAACAGGCAAAAAACAAUCAAGUUUAAAAACAAAAAAAGUAUGUAAUGCAUUAGUGAAAAUUCAUAGAAAUAAUUAAAGAAUAUUAUUUACUUUAUAUAAAAUAUUUUAGAUAUAGAAAGCAAAAAAGAAAACUAUUUUAUAUAAAUGGUAUAAGAGAACUUACAAAAGAUUAUUAUUAAAUGUAAAAUUAUGCAAAUUGAUGACAAUAUUUAAUAAAUAAAUAACAAAAUAUCUAUAAGCUAUUAGAUAAUAAAAUCAAUGA